GCGGCUGCGCGCGCAGGGCGGCGGCACUGCCGACCAUGGAGUUCGACCGCGAGGGCGUGCGGCGGCUGCUGGGCAAGUACAAGUUCAGGGAUCUGACUGUGGAAGAGCUGAAGAAUGUGAACACGCACUUCCCACACUUCAGAUAUUCUGUGGACACCUACGUUUUCAAAGAUACUUCCCAAAAAGACCUGCUGAAUUUCACUGGGACAAUUCCUGUGAUGUACCAGGGUAAUACAUACAACAUUCCCAUUCGCUUCUGGAUCUUGGAUUCUCACCCUUUCGCUCCGCCCAUUUGCUUCUUGAAGCCAACUGCAAACAUGGAAAUCUCAGUGGGAAAACAUGUGGAUGCCAAAGGCAGAAUAUACUUGCCCUAUCUCCAAAACUGGAGCCAUCCUAAAUCUGUCAUUGUUGGAUUAAUUAAAGAAAUGAUCGCCAAGUUUCAAGAGGAACUUCCUCUUUAUUCGGUGGCAUCAUCCAGUGAAGCCCAGCAGGCGGACUUGCUGGCCUAUAUUUCAAAACUCACUGAAGGUGUUUCAGACAUAAAUUCAAGGGGCUGGACAAAUCAUGAGAAUAAAAUGCCCAACAAAAUUACUGUGGUCGGAAGUGGAGAUUUGGGUAUUGCCUGCACAUUGACAAUUUCAGCAAAGGGAAUUGCAGACAAGCUGCUCCUUUUAGACCUCUCAGACGGGACUAACCAAGGGACGAUGGACCUUGAUAUCUUCAGCCUGCCUAAUGUAGAGAUCAGCAAAGAUUUGUGUGCCUCUGCUCAUUCCAAGGUGGUGAUCUUCACAGCCAACUCUCUGGGUGGUUCUGAGUCCUACCUGCAUGCUGUGCAAAGCAAUGUGGACAUGUUCAGAGCUCUUGUCCCAGCUUUGGCACAUUAUAGUCAACAUGCUGUCUUCCUUGUUGCAUCUCAGCCAGUGGAAAUCAUGAGCUAUGUGACGUGGAAACUGAGCACAUUUCCUCCAAAUCGAGUGAUUGGGAUUGGAUGCAAUCUGGACUCACAGAGAUUACAGUACAUUAUUAUGAAUGUUUUGAAGACACAGACUUCAGGCAAAAAAGUAUGGGUUGUUGGUGAACAGGGAGAAAACAAAGUGUGCUCAUGGAGCGGCCAAGACGGAGUAAUGAGUCAUAGCGCUCAGGCAGAGCUGUCCAGCAGAGCCAUGGGACUUUUGAGAGUUAAAGGUCAGAGGUCGUGGUCUGUUGGACUGUCUGUGGCUGACCUGGUGGACACCAUUGUAAAUAAUAAAAAGAAAGUGCAUUCUGUAUCAACUCUAGCAAAGGGAUAUUGUGGUUUGGAUAAUGAAGUGUUUUUAAGUUUGCCAUGCAUCCUGGGAACCAGUGGAGUAUCUGAAGUCGUCAAAAGCACAGCAGCAGAAGGGCCAGUGACUGAGACACUCCAGAACAGUGGGUCCUCAAUCCACAGUCUCCAACAACAGCUGAAACUGUGAUUCCAGAGUGCAGUCACCUGAAGGGGAAGCCUACUUAAUGCCACAAACACACAUAGUUUUGGGAGCUUUUACAAAUUAUUGUAAAAUUACAAACAGCCCUUAUAGUAGAUGGCUUCUUGGCUAGCUUUUUAAUUUGAAUCCUUGAGAAGUUAGAGGGUAGGAAAAGAUACAGUUCCUUUUGGAGUUUUUAACAUACCUAUACUGUUGUUUAAACCUACAGCAGGGAUAAAUAUUUGUUUGUAUUAUAUAUCAUUUAUAAAUUGCAUGUCCUAACUUAAGGCACAUUUAGCACUUUAGAGAUUUUCUGAAAGAAACUCAUUUCUUAAAGAUUUCUAUCAGACGUUUAUUUAAGCAUGGUAAGCUCAAGGAAGGAUGGGCACAAAAAUCUGUGGUCGGUACACAUUCAAAGAUGCCUGCUUUAUGGGUUAAUUUGCUUCUUUUGCAAGAUCCAACUGAUGGUAAUGGCAAAGCAUUUUAUUUUCUGUCUUCAAAUUCACUAGCUACCAAAAAUUGGAAAGGAUUUUAACAUGCAUUUUAAGUUGGUUAAAUGGAAUUUUAAAUUUUAAAUGAAAAAUAAUAUGCGAUUUAAUUUCUAAUGAAAUGUCCUUUCUGAAAAUUUCUAUAAUAACCUCUUCCUGGGCUAGAAGACCUCAAAUGUAUCUUAAAACUGUAUUAGUAGAGAAGAAGAAAUGUGUUUGUCUAUGGCCAUAGAUAAUAAUAGCCAAGCAGUAUAUUUUGAGACAAAAAUAUGAGGCUUUCCUAAAGAAAAGUUGGUCUUAAGGGAAAGAAGCCUUGGUCCGCUGCUUCUGGACAAGCCUUAGUCAUUGCAGAGGAGAGUUCUGACUGUCCUUGGUGAUUAGUCAAUCAGUAUUUCCAUGGCGGGGAAACAGCAUGGUGGCACCUUACAUUGCAUAGUGAGCUCCUUACAUUGACUGGCUGAGGUAGGGACUGCUUAUCCUCAUUUUAGAGGAGGAAGUUGAACUUUGGUUUCUAAGACUGCACAGGUUCUAAGGUGCAUUUACUUGCCUGAACAGCAUCUACUUUGUAUAGGUAGCAACGAGAGCUGAGGGGAGGCCUUGAAGCCUAAAGCCAAGUUAUCACAAGACACAAAAAUUGAGGCUUGGGAUAUUAUGAAAGGAUUAUUUUCAUGUAUAGGUGCUUUUUUGUUUUGUUUUGAGAUAGAGCUUUUAUGUAGUCCUGGCUGUCUUGAAGCUUACUAUUAUAGAAGUAUAGGUCAGGCUGGCCUUGAACUCACAACAAACUGCCUCUGAUACAUGCUAGGCAAGUCCUCCACUGUUGUAAUUAAUCCACAACCUCGUUUCUAUAAUCUAACAACUCUUGAACAGUAAACCCUCUGCAGAAUCUUGUAACAAUGAACUGCCAAGAACUAUGUUAAUUAUGGAAAGAAAUGUCAACAUUGAACACUUACUGUUAUUCCAAGUGUUUUGUUAAGAGUUUGACCUCAGCCUCAAAGGGCCAUGGUACAGAAGUCACUUUCUGUAGCACACACUUCCUUGCGUUAAGCAGCAAUCCUAAAUUCCACUUGCUUUGAUUUGGUGACUAUGUAACAAUCACAGGGAUCUUGUCUGGUGAAUUUCAUUUUCUCUGAAGGCUUUAAUGAUGUUGACUUGACUAAUCUAUAUAUUGUAUCCAUCUCAGAACCAGUGGGAAAUGUUCAGUGUUUAUGUAUUUCUCAUCUGAGGCACAAGAACAAGACCUGUAGUAGUGCCAUUUCCUAGGUAAUAUCUACAAUCUGGUAAGAUUCAGUUCUAUAUCAAGUUAUAAAUCCUAACUGAUUUUUUUACAUUAUGUUCUGAAAUUCAGGUUUUUGUGGAAAACUAGUGAAAGAUUUAUUUGCUCAUUUAAGGAGCACUAUGUUAAAUGAAAGGUGUUUUCUUCUUUGCCAUCUGACAGGGUGGGGGAGACUUUAACUUUCCCAGAAUCAUGCAGUACCUCAUGGUUUUUAAUGGGGCUUGGAUUAAAAUAUUUUUUGAUACUGUAAGGUAUAUUUUUCAUUUUCCAAUUUACAUUGUUUUCCUUAAAUAUAAAAAAUAAUGGACCAAAUAAACUUUGACUU